CGGUGUUGUUCGGUGGAAGUGCGACAAUAGUUCGUGGAAGCAAAGUAAUUCGAUUUGCACGUGUUGUUACGAGGUGCUUCGCGCCUACAUGUGACGGCUCUUCGUCUUCGCUACUGAUUGUGUGAUCGAUUGUUAAGACACAGAUUGUUAACCAGCCAAUCAUCGAUCGUCCGACCGACAAGUGAACCGUAAUAGGAACCGAGCAGAGAGUAUUCAUAAACGCUUUCGCUUGCAAGCGGAACACAAAAGACAUGUAUCACAUGUGUGUCUGAACAAGCAAGCAGCAACGCAAAGAUAAGAAUGAGUGAAGGAAGAAAAAAGACGCUGAAUAAAAAUGAUAACGUAAUAUAAAUAUAAAUGUGAAGACAGAAAAAAAAAACAAGAAGACCAACAACCAUUCAACAUACAUGAAGUUCAAAUUUGGACUCGGGAGCGCCAGCAGUGAGCAGUACUACUCGCCAUUCGUCGAUGUAAUAAUAUGUGCAGUUUCGCCGGGCUCGAUCGUUUCAGAGAGGGCAAACAAUUCGGGAAUCAAAUUUCCACUUCCGAUUCGAGUGCAACGAGUGAACCAUUCGCAUAGUAGGUAGAUGCGCAGAAGUGAUUGAGUGAGCCGACGGAUCCCGUUACAGAACGUUGUGCCUCGCGAGAUAAUGAAUGGAACCGUCUGUCUGUAUGGGGUGUUGCUGUUCCUACUGAGUCAGACCGUGAAACCGUCGCGACAGUUUCAUCAUCACCGUAGAUCCGUCGCCGAUUCCUCCGGGGAUGACCAUCAUGAUGACAGCUACGUCGUAGGGGUGGUCGAAUUUCGGCCGGAAUCGUUCGAUAUCGACAUACGACGCAGGACGGAGCUGCACCUGGAUGCUUACGAAGAGCUGAUCAGGUCCGAUGAGGCGAAGUCCACCGACAUCAUCGUCUUCCCGGAGCUCACCCUCAACACCAUCUCGGACCCGGUCUACGUCCCGGACCCCAGCCGGAAUGUCAUCCCCUGCCAGGAAGACGCACCCCGGGACCUGCUGUCGCACCUCUCCUGCCUGGCAGCCGAAGUCGGCAAAUACAUUGUGAUAAAUCUUUCGGAGAUCUUCGACUGCGAAUCGAUUCCCACGGAAGAUCCCCGACCAUGUGGCCCCCACGGGUUCCACCGGUACAAUACCAAUCUAGUUUUCGAUCGAAACGGAGCUGUGAUAGCGCGGUACCGCAAGUUCAACCUCGCCGGUGAGAACGGUACCAAUCGGACGUACGUGCCGGAGAUUGUAACAUUCGAGACUGACUUUGGGGUGACGUUCGGGUUGUUCACCCGUUCUGAUGUGUUGUUUGCGAGGCCGGCCCUGGAGCUUGUCAACCGCGAUGUCAAGCAUUUGAUCAUGCCGGCUAUGUGGGGCUUGGAACUGCCGUUCCUCACAUCGACGCAAGCCUACGAAAGCUGGACAUACGCGAACAAUGUGAAUCUGAUCGUGGCGGGAGCAAACUACGAAGCAAAUGGCAGUACCGGAACGGGGGUCUUCAACGGUAGGAACGGAGCUGUACUAUCGUUCGUGACCGGUGAACCCAUCAGGAGACUGUUCCCCGUUAGGGUGCCCAAGAACCCCGAACAUCUCACACGGAAUCACAUUCCAUUGGAUAGUUCCGAAACGGAAUCCGGUCGACUGCACGGCAAAUUUCUCGAAGGCAUCCACAUUUCCAGUGACGCCCUGGAGCAGUUCACCACGAUGCAAAUCAAUCCGGAGCGCUAUCACGACCACAUCGGGCAGAUCAUCUGCAAUGGGGACUUCUGUUGUGACUUCAGCGUCACGUUGACCAUAGUUCCGGACCGGGACUUAACCCAUCACUACCGGUUCGCCGUGUUCGACGGGACUCGACGGUUUUCCAGCCAUGAAUAUGCUCACGUAUCCACCUGUGGGAUCAUUACGUGCCGAAAUGAAUCGCUAGUUAGCUGCGGUCUCCCGAUGAACGAAAACUCCAACUACCUCGAAUUCAACGACAUCGUCAUCGCCGGUAGGUUCCGUGCGAAUGGAACACUGGCCAUGGCCAACUCCCUGGACGAUAUGCUGCAUCCGCUGGAUGUGCAUCAGUACACGUUCUACUCUACGGUGAAUUACACAUCGAAUCAGCAGGACGUUCAACUCACCCUGUCCAGCGGCACCGUGGCCAAUCUGCAAACGUUCGCCAUCUACGCGAUCAACCACGAGAACUUUGAGUACUUCAACCCGAUCGAAGCUCCGCCGGAGCCGACUACGGAGGGUUCUUUUGAGAUGGAGGACGAUGCGCGUGGUGAAGGCCAUGACGGUAGUGGAAGUAAGGUAGUGACUUCCGGUACGGUUGCACUGCUACUGCUGCUGCUGGUCAGCACGGUACUUCAGCGGCCAGUGUGAACGGGUCUGUGAAGUUGUUUUGUAUAUAUUGUAACAUAAAUGUAGGAUAGUUGAAAGUGCAUGCCAAAACGUUGCUUAUAUAGGAAGUCAGUUAGAAGGUAUCCCAAAAAAGAUUUCUAAACAUAUUUAACAGAGAACAGAGAAGAUAGUUACCGCCUUUCUGCUAAAGCGAAAGAUGUCGAUCAAGUAAUAAUUUACGUAUUAG